GCCGUAUAAAUUUGUAAUCAAAUGUUUGAAACUGUUGCUUGAAAAAAAUUACAGUUUUCGUUUUUAUUUUAUGUAAUUAACAAAUUUUAUAUUUGCAAACUGCAAAGAUUUAUGUGAUUCGCUCAUAUGUUCAACUCGUCCACGUGUAUUUGUGUAUAGAGCAUAUACCUAAAAUGUCAACGGAAAGCUUAAACAGCCUAAGCGACCUCGAUCUGCAUAGGAAGCUGAUUCAAUGCGGAUUCCCAAGCACUCCUGUGACGGAAACAACCAGAGCGGUGUUAAUUGAGAAGUUGAAAAAACACAAAAAGGCGGAGAAACUAAAGAGAAGAAGUAAUAAGUACACCCUGUACUCGCAGGAGCAGCGCGAUCCCUCACCGAUAUUCAAAUAUCCAAGGAUGAACAACAACAACGACAUUGAAUUGUGCCUAAAUCCUUCAGUAUUUAAUCAGCGUAACUACGACGAGCCUGAUUUGAGUCCAUUGCAAAUGUCGGCUUCCAAGAUGUACGCCCCACCACCUGUUGUGGCAUCCAACUACGACAGCGAAUGCAUGCCGCACAAUAUGAACAUGAAUGGCAAAUACCGCCAACAGUGCUCCAUGCCCUUCUCGAUAGACUCGUCCAACAGCUAUGCCAAGCAGAGUGGAAAAGUGAAAAUGUCGGAUGGAGGCGUCGUUAACCGAUUGCUAAGCUUUCGGGACACCACACUGCAGAGGAAGAUCAGUCCCAAAGUCACGCACGCUGCUCAAAUGUCGAGAAUGCCGCCACCAAGGAAUGGAAAAUUCAAACGUUUCGUCCUAUCCGACCUUAAGUCGUUUUUCAAGAAUCCCGACAUUAGACAAUACAUCAUACCAAAAAUGCUGAUUGGGCUCUUGCUGAUAUUUCUGGUUAUAAUUACAGUGCUCUAUGCGAGCAAGAAAUUCGAUCAGAGCCCCAUGGACAAAACGGCAUUGAAGUAUACAUUGUGCAACCAAAACGACUUGCAAUUGGCCAACGGAAAGGUGCAGUGCAUACGUAAAGAAUCUUUGAAGAGUGCUCUGCUCAUGAGUGAGGAGCUUUUUAAGCAUUUGAACGAGCGUGCCAGACUCCAUCACUGCUCCGAUGCCAGCCAGCCGCCGACCCUUGACGUGAAUGAGUUUGUCAGAGAGCUAGUCAGCAGCAGCAAGACUCCAAGGGCGAAUAUGCAUAGCAAUCUGCUAGCGACUCAAUAUCUAAUCGCGGAGAAUCCGCAGUGGAUGAUAAACAUUUUGGAAGCCAAGGACUCGGCCAGCGCUCUGGAACACGGCUCAUACUUUGAGCUGGCGGAACCAAAUCUUCCGCUCAAGUGCGUUGUUUCUAAGAAAGUUACACGCUUCUUCGCCGUUAUGGGUACUCUGAUUCUGGUAGUAUCCGUCGCCUUCCUAGUUUACUUUGGCAUAGUAGUUUAUCGCAUGCAGCAGAAGAAAGCCUUGAUUGCUGUGGACCAAUUCACAAAAGACAUCAUACAAGAGCUGAAGAACCAGAGCUCGCAGUCUGAAAGCCCUGAACUGAUAUUGAACCAGCUGCAGGAGAAGCUAGUGCCUUCCGAGAAACGCUCUAAGCAACUAUCCUAUUGGAAUAAGGCCCUCAAGAUGUUGGAGAAGAACGACAGCCGUGUGCUCUUCGGCAUGGCCAUACGUGACGGCAAGCCCCUGCGCACCAUUGCCUGGAACAGGAACCUGGAGAAAAAGGAACUCGGCAAGAAGUGGCAGAUUUCGGCACUCGACAAUUCCAACAAGAUUGCGAACCCACCGACACCCUGCCUGAAGAUCAGGCACAUGUUUGACUUGACCGAAGUCGAACAGCCCAACCUGAAGCAGUCCAUUGUGGAGUCGAUCAUCGAGAAGGUGGGACCACGCUGCAAGAUAUGCGAUGUGCAGCUGGACAUACAAUCGUGCUGCGUCUACAUACGUUGUGCAACCGAGGAGGACGCCGGCAUGAUACACAACGAGAUCAAUGGUUGGUGGUUCGACAAUCGCCUAAUAUCGAUUAAAUUUCUAAGACUUGAACGCUAUCUAAGCCGUUUCCCAAAACCCGCAGCCGAGCCACCAUAUUUUCUUCCAAACGAGGCAGCCAACACUCACUCAUAAAAUACAAAUCUUCAACUCUAGAUACUUAAGUUAUUAAAUGCGAAUUUGUUUUUACUACAA